CGCAGCCUGAAGCUUUUGAUCUUCACUACGCCAUCAACCUUGAGCAGCCACUUAGCCUUCUGCAUCCAUCAGGUACAAGAACUUCUGCAAACCUACCACCUCAGCGCUGCCGCACUUUUUGUGUUUCUCUCUGCGCUAGCACUUGCGACUACCCUCCACCGCGCUUCUUUUCGCCCGCCAUCACCGCGCUUGUGCUUUGCAACGACGCUUGAGCCUUGCGAGCGCUGCUGCUGCUGCUGCUGCUGCUGCUGCUGCUGCUUCUUCGCAUAUUCUUUGACGCGCUCCUUCUUCCUGGACCCCGCCAGCGCACUCAAAAUCUGAGUGUCGGCACGGAAGAUCACAGCAACUUUAUAUUACAGCACUCCACGCGCGUCUUGCACCACCUCGCGCUCCACCACGGCCCUCUGACGACAACGCGCAGGCCGUGUUCACUGGCAUCCGCCGGACUUCGCACCUGCCGGUAACCAGGCGCUGCAACUGACGCGCCAUCUUUCACUCCACAUUCAAUCCCACACAUCCCCCAGUCCAACAUGAGCACAGGCGGCGGCGCAGGACCGCUGGUUCCCACCUUUCAUGGCUUUGUGCACAACAGCAUGGACGGACUGGUCCUGUUCGAGGCGUGUCUCAGCGGAAAGCUUCACCAUGUGCCUCGUCGUCCACACGACCGAGAACGCAGCUCACUCAUCAAGAGUGGCAGCAUCUUCAUUUACGAGGAAAACGCGUCCGGCAUCAAACGAUGGACUGACGGCGUUGCGUGGAGCCCUAGCCGUAUUCUUGGCAACUUUCUUAUUUACCGCGAGCUGGAA